AUGGACAUUGGUUUAUAUACGUUGCAUCCACCAAAAGAAAUUUUCGAAAAAUUUGAAGCAGCUAAGAACACAAAUUUAAUAUAUAAUUCAGCUUUAAAUAAAAUAAGAGAAAGUAUUACAGUUAAAUUUAGACAAGAAUUGGAAUUAGCAAAGAAGACAAUGCCUCCAAAUCUGAGCAAUAUUCAUAUAAGAAAGUUUGAGUCUGCUGUUAACCAUUUACCUGAAACAUUGAAAAAUACCCUUGAAAUAGAUUUAGAAUACUGUAAGAAGGAUAUAAUGUCUAUGGAUCAAGUUACACACAGUACAUUCACAGAUGUGAUUAGUAAUGGAGAUCCAAAAUCUAUCAAAGUUCUUCUUGAAGAAUAUAAAACUUCACAAGGUAUGCAGUCUUUUAUUAAAAAGGGUCGAAAAAUUGUUUUGAACCAGAUGCAAGAUGUAGUCAAUAAAAUAAAUCACUAUUUCGAACAAAAUGAUGUGAAAGAAGCAUUAUCUGUUGUAAAAAUCCUAUAUGAAUAUAAAAUCGAAUUGGAAACUAUUGUCACUGAUGAUAGAGAACCAUAUUUAAAAUCAAGAUCUAAUAUUAAAAGAAAAUUUCAACUUGCAUACAUUUGUUUUAUGAAUCAUUUUUUACAAAAUAAUACAUCUGAAAUGACGAAUGAAGUAAUUAGAAAUGUAGAGAAAAGUUUUCUUUGUUUAUUCGAAUUUAUUAACUUUGCACAUGAUUUGAAAGGUCAACCUAUUUUAACUCAUAUGUUUCCAGAAGAUUUCAAUGAGAAAAUAAUCAUAUUAAGUAGAAAAACUGCAGAUUAUUUUAUGCAAAUUCAGAAAAACUACGAAAGUGCAUUGGAAAUAAUCGAUAUUGCAUCUCUUAAAGAUAUUUUGGACAUGAUGAAUAAAUGGGAUUCGUUGCCUAUGACAAUGAAAAAUAUUAUUCAAAUUUAUCAUAUCGAAGAUAUUUCCGUAAAUAGUAUGACGAUGGCAAUUUCAAAACUUACAGUUUAUUCACAUAUGUUAGAAUCUGUAUCUAAAAAAAUUGAAGAAUUAAAAAAUCAACUCAUUCAUCAAAAGCUUAUCAAUCCAGAGACAAUACAGUUUAACCAGCAUCGAGAUAAAUUUUAUAGAAACCUUAAUGAGAAAAUUCGCAUUCUAAAUAACGUUCAACUUCUUAGUAAGCAUGAUCUCAAUAUUAAUAUAAAUGUGGGUAAAAGUGAAUGUUUGAAAUCAUUAGUCACACAAAUUACAGAUAUUUCUAUUGCUACUGAAGAUUAUGAUAAUUUUAAUUUAUAUUAUAGUAAUUUAUUAUCAUGUCAACGAGAACUGAUAGAAAUAGAUUGUGAAAUAAAUAAACAUGUUGAGAAAAUUGAAAAAAUAAUUUUUGAUAAAAUUCACAUAUGGGCGGGUGUAGUUGAUCAAGACUCAUCAGUUCAACAUGUUUCGACGUGUUUAAUCAACAUGAAGCGUGUUUCAAAUAAUAUAUCAUCAUUAAAGGUUAGAAUACAUCAAAUAAUUGAUGAAGCACUAAUCAAUUAUAAAAAUAAAACAAAAGAUUCGACUAAUUUUUCAAAAUUAAGUGCUAUUGUAAAUCAAGAUGCGAGUGGUAUAGGACAAAGUUUGAUUGCCGAGCACAAAGCAUUUUAA